CAAGUGUCAACUACCAUGAGUAACCCACACAGUGAGGCAAAAGAAGCUGUCUUUGACUUGGACCUGCCCAGUUCAGCCUUCAUCUCCAAUUUUACCAUAACUGUAAAUGAGAAGAUGUACGUGGCUGAAGUGAAGGAGAAGCACCAGGCCAAGAAGAUGUAUGAUGAAGCCCGCAAGCAGGGAAAGACAGUAGCUCAUGUGGCCACCAAAGACCGAGAAACUGAGAAAUUCAGGGUGUCCACCAGCGUGGAGGCAGGGGGCAAGGUGACCUUUGAGUUGACCUAUGAGGAGCUGCUACAGCGACAUUUGGGCAAGUAUCAGCAUGCCAUCAACAUCCGGCCCCAGCAGGUGGUACAGAAACUGAGUGUGGAGGUGAGCAUCUUCGAGCGGACCAGCAUCGACUAUGUUCAUGUACUGCCUCUCCGCACGAGCCGACUGCUGACCAACACCCUUCGAGGUGAGGCCGAUGUGCCAUCCUCUACCCGGGUCGAGAAAGGGAUGCACUGUGCUUGGAUUAACUUCACCCCCACACCCCAAGAACAGGCGGCGUUUUCCAGCUCGGGCAUCAUGGGCGAUUUUGUGGUGCAGUAUGACGUGGCCAUGCCGGAUGUUGCAGGCGACGUGCAGAUCUACAAUGGCUAUUUUGUCCACUACUUUGCUCCAAGGGGGCUGCCCCCUGUGCAGAAGGAUGUGGUGUUUGUUAUCGAUGUCAGUGGCUCCAUGUAUGGCACCAAGAUGAAACAGACCAAAAAGGCUAUGCAUGUCAUCCUGAACGAUCUCCACCAAGACGACUACUUCAACAUUGUGACGUUUUCUGACACGGUGAAUGUGUGGAAGCCCAGCCAAUCCAUCCAAGCCACGGCACAAAAUAUUCACAGAGCCAAGGACUUCAUCAACAAGAUGGAAGCUGAUGGAUGGACUGACAUCAAUGCAGCUCUGCUUGCAGCUGCCUCAGUCUUCAACCAGAGUUCUCCAGCAGCAGGAAAAGUCACGAGGGAGCAGAGGAUCCCCUUGAUCAUCUUCCUGACGGAUGGGGAACCCACCUCUGGCGUCACAGCGGGCAGCCACAUUCUGUCCAGUGCUCAGCAGGCCCUGAAGGGCACCAUCUCCCUCUUCGGGCUGGCUUUUGGUGAUGAUGCAGACUAUGGGCUGCUGAGACGCCUCUCGCUAGAGAACCGCGGUAUAGCGCGGCGCAUCUAUGAGGACGCUGACGCCACGUUACAGCUCAAGGGUUUCUAUGAUGAGAUUGCCAGCCCUCUGCUGUACGAUGUGGAGCUGGCCUACCUAGAUGGAAUAGCCCAAGACCUCACUCAGAACCUCUUCCCCAACUAUUUUCAGGGCUCUGAGCUUGUUGUGGCUGGGCGGGUGAAGCCAGGGGCGUCAGAGCUGCGUGUGCGCACCAGGGCACAUGGGCAGGAGGGGCUCCUGAGCCUGGAAAAUGACAUCUCCACCAACACCAGUGAAACAGCUCCCUCUGGCUGUCCAGGAGAAGCCAGCAAGAUUGGCCAUUUUGUACAGAGGCUCUGGGCCUACUUCACCAUCCAGGACCUGCUCCAGGCCCGCUUCCGGGCCAAUGACACAGCUGCCCGGCGCCUACUGACAGAAAAGGCCACCAACCUGUCCCUCAAGUACAACUUUGUCACCCCAGUCACUUCCCUGAUAGUGGUGAGGCCAGAAGAGGACCGGCAGAGGGCUCAGCCUACGAAAGACGCCAUCCCUGCUGGAGUGACCAGAGCCCCUCAGGCCACUUCCCAAGGGUCUGCUUUGCCGGCACCCCCUAAAAUGGCUGAACCCAUUCCUGUACUUGGAGCGACCAAUGCUCCGGCGAUCACAGAAGCGCUCAAGGGAAUGGCGGGGGCAGGAGUCACUGCCCCUUCCCUGGCUCCUGGGGCAGCCUCAAGAGCCACAAAGGCACCCAGAGCUGUGUCUCCUCCAGUGGUGGUCACAACCACCAUGCUAGCAAUGACACCUUCUGACAUUUCCCUGGCACCUGCUACCACUAGCCACACAAAAGCAGCCAAAACUGCACCAGUGCCAGGAGCGGCAGCCCCGUCUGUGACUCCUGCCGUGAGCCUCGGGUACACAAAGCUGGCCAGAGCCACAGCCUCUCCUCGGGCUACCAGGCCCCCCACCAGCCUUCCUAAGAUGGCCCCGACCAGAGCUGCAAGGCUCAAGGCAACAGGCCGCCCCCACUCCAGCUUGGAGUCCAGAGGGACAGCAGUUACCAAGCUCCUGGCAGGCAUCCCCAGCAUGAUGCUCCCCGUGACCACAUUGCCCCCGUUUGCCAGCACCAAGGUGCUGUGGAGGGGGGGCAGCACCCGGGGACUCCCUGCGACAACACGCCCAGGAGCCACUGAGUCCCAGCCACGCCCAAGCGGGCAUGUGGGAACAGCCAGGACGGGAGCUAGGAGCAUCCCCUGGGGCAAGGCAGUCCCUAAGGGGGAGACAGCCACACAGGGGCACACCGAGAAGCCCCUGCAGAGCAGCGCUACCCCUUGGAGCACGGCGCCCGGAGCCGCCUCCCUGGGGACUGGAGGAGCCCUCUCCAAAGGCAGUGGCGGCAGCACCAGCAGCACCACACCUGCCUCUGGGAUCAGUCUCUUUCUCCUGCCGAGUGAGUCGGAGUUGCGCUCAGCCACCGACCAGGACACAGAGUACGUGGAGUCCUUGAACCCACCGGCUGUGUACAGCUUUGUGACCAGCAGAGGACAGGCAGGAAGCCUGGAUUAUGACGACUAUCCAGACUUCUUAGAACUGGACAGUGACUCAGGCUCUUUCAGAGAUUUCUCCGACACUAGUUUCUUCACCUUCUCCUCUUGGGUGGAUGGAGACCCUCAUUUUGUAGUAAGGCUGCCACAGUCACUGGGGAACUUGUGCUUCACUUUGGAUGGAUGCUCAGGAGAUAUCCUGAGAUUGGUGAAUGAUCCUGACACAGGCUUGUCAGUCAAAGGGCAUCUAAUGGGGGCCCCUUUAAGGCCAGGCCAUGAAGAGCAUCCCCGCACCUACCUCGACGCCAUCACCAUCUUAGUAGAACAACCACGUGUUAGCUACAUGGUCAACAUAACACGGGACGGGGUGACGCUCCAUGGAAAAGAGCUGCUGGUGCUGCCCUUCACCCAGCGGGCCACAAUCUGCAAACCCAAGCUGGUGAUUUCCAUAUGGCCUGAGGCCAAUGUUACGGUGCGCAUUGGGCCUGAGGUGGAGUUCCUGGUUCUGUUGCAUCGUUACAGUCACCCCACAGCCCUGCAGCUGGACCACCUUGGCUUCUACAUGAUGAAUGGCAAGGGGCUGUCCGCCUCAGCACGUGGCUUGUUAGGCCAGUUCCAGGAUGGUGAUAUCAGGCUUUUGCUGGAUCCAGCAGAGGGAGAGCGAACAGCUUGGAUAUGGAAGGGUGCUAACAAAGUGCUAGUCACUGAAGUCACCAAAGUACUAAAGGAUUCAACCCGGAGGGCGCAUGAGGCCCCAUGCUGGCUGGUGAAGCGCAAGAAGGUGGAGGAGUUCUUGGGGGCCCCAUAUAGUUCCUAUCUUGCCUCCAACCUGCUGGAAAUGUGA